AACGCUGCUGAGUGUUGUGUUGUUAUGGGGCUGGGUGUUGGGAUGUAAUAGGUGUUGUGUUACACUUCCUGUUGUACAGGGGAGGACACUGCGCCCGUUUCCGCAUUCACCUGCGGAUUCAGAGAACAUCGCGCAACGGCCCUGGAGCGCCGGCAACAUGACCAGCCCGAGCUUACCGACCUUCGCCCUGCUAGCCUGUCUGCUGGUGCUGCCGCUUCCCCGGGGCAGCAGGGUCGCCGUAGCUGAAGAAUGCCCGCGCAACUUCGAGCUGGGUCGGGAAGACUUCGUCCUGGAUACGGACGCCUCUGUGGCGGCGGGCGCCACCUUCCUGAGCUCGCCCGACGUGAGCCGCACCCGCGACUGUGUGCGGGUCUGCUGCCGCCUCCGAGACUGCAACGUGGUCCUGCUGGAGGACUUGGCCGGCCAGUCCACGGUCGAGCCCAUGCACCGGACCAUCAAGGGCUGCUUCCUCUUCAACUGCCUCUACAACAAGGACUACGUCUGCCGGUUCUUCAGGAGGGCUGGUUUCAGCAACUUCAUCCUCAAGGACGUCUAUCAAGAGUACCUCAAGCCCAGGUCACCUGAAGAAGGUGACAGACUGCCAGUGGCAAAAGCAGGAAGAGACCGAAUUGUACAGCCAAAUGAGGAAGUAACUCUAAGUGGGCUGGAGAGCAGAGAUGACUAUAAUAUUAACAGUUUUGAUUGGGAACUUGUCCAGGGAGAUCCUUCAGUGAAGAUAACACGGACUAAAAAUCGAGAUGAAGUGGUGGUUUCGAACCUGAAGGUGGGGAAUUACAACUUUCAGCUGACUGUCACAGACACGGCUGGUCAGAAGACGACGGACAACGUGACCGUAACUGUCCUCUCACCAAAUCAAACAGAGGAGUACUGCAAUGUCGAUUAUAAAGUGGGGCCUUGCCGUGGAGCCUUUCCUCGCUGGUAUUACGAUGCUAAUGUCAAGACCUGCAAGACAUUCACUUACGGCGGCUGCAAAGCCAACAUGAACAACUUUGUGGACCAGAAGGAGUGCAAUCAGGCCUGUGGUGGGGUCAAAGUUGAUUCCAAGUCUUCACGCAGAUUAAAUUUUCCACACUGCACAGAAGAAUGCACUGAGCAGCAGUUUAAGUGCGCAGACAACUGUUGCAUCGAUCGUAACCUGGAGUGCGAUGGAACUUCCCAGUGCAGAGAUGACUCCGAUGAAUCUGGCUGUGAACACAUAAGAGACCGAUUCAACAGGCUGUUGGACAUAGACAUCCCUAAAGAGAAAGCUCGCUGUGUCUACCCUCCGGUGACUGGCCCCUGCCGAGCAGACUUCAGCCGCUUCUACUACAACCCCGUCAGCAUGACGUGUGAGCGCUUCACAUUUGGAGGCUGUAACGGCAAUGACAACCGUUUCUUGGAGGAAAACAAAUGCAUGGAAGCUUGCCGAGGAGUGUCAGAAAAAGAUGUAUUUUCCCGAAGUGUUUUUGAGAGGCAGGAGCAAGAAAAAUCUUCAAAUGUUGGCGUUGCCAUAGCUGUGGUUCUUGCCAUCUGCAUCACUGUGGUUCUUGCCAUUCUCAUCUACUACCUGCUGAAAAUGAAGAAGCAGAGUCGGCGUCAAGCAAGCCCAGCCAGUUCCACCGGCUCCACCACCGAGGAGGCGAAGAAACUGAUGCACAUGUGAUCGAGGCCCGUCUGCUCUGUGAGGUUCCAACACCUCCAAUGCCAUUAGAAGACUUUGAGUUAGGGGAAGGUCAAAUGGGUGGGAAGGGUCUGAUUUGAAACCGAUGGGUCCCUGUUUAUUGGUAAAAUACUUUUACCGUACCUGAAUUUCAUGUUUCAAUGAUAUGCCAGUGUGCCUCCAUUCAUCCAGUUGCCAGAGAUAUUUCCACACACCUCGAAGUUGAAUAAUGGUUUUGACUUUGCAUUGGGUAAGCAUCUCUUUCAAUUCUUGUUUUUAAAUGAUUACACACUCCAUUUAAUAUCCAGUUAGAUUAUAAAAACCACAGACUUGCCCUGCAGUGGACUUGCAGGCUCUUCUGGCAUUUCUUCUGAUUGUCUUGGUUCAGGAGGAAGGAUCUUGAGCCAUGGUUAUGGCAAAGGUACUGUUUCAGGGGUUCAGGGUGUAAGGUUUUGAGGCUGUUGGGAUGUCACUAUGGUUUGUCCAUGGCCUCUGCAUUGUUGCUAAUAAUGCUCUAGUUUCCCUUUCAAAAUGAUGAUGGCCACGUGGCUAAGCUGAAACCCCUCACGGUAUCUCAAGAUAAAUGCUCCCUCAUUCCCUUCCUCCUGAUGUUCCUUAAUCAUCCUCUGGCUGGCCGACCAUAAUUUUGCUCCCUUUGGCGCUCCCUAAACCCACUGACUCCUCGUUUCCACUUCCUCUGAUGCUUCCUAAUUCCCAAUCCUCUUACUGUCCUGAUCACUGUUCCCCUAAACUUCCCAAAUCCUUAUUUCCAUACUCACCUGGCUUUCCUGCUCUCUCCUCUACUCUUGCCCCAUCUUAGCAUCUCCUCUCUCUCUUCAUUCCUUUUACUGAGUCUGUUCUUGCCUCUGUUCUAUAAUUUGAUCACUAUGGGUCAGCUCCUGGUUCUUUGCUCGGUGAAUUGAUGCUGCUGAAUCCAGUUCACAGUGCGCCUGGGAGACCUGUGCAUACUAGUUUAACUGGUGGUUAUUAAUGUAAUAACCCCAAGAAAUUCUGACAUUUGCUCAUAGAGAAGCAACUUGAGAAUGGGACGACAGGAAAGUGCACAAUGAGAAAUAUUCUGUAUGUACAUUUGAUUUCCUCCUGUUUUUUUUAGUUGAACUGGAAGAGCUGAUAGUCAGUUUUUGAGGUUCGCAUGAGAGAAAACUGGGGUUAAACCAGCUCACCUGCUCAUUAAGAACAGAAUGCCAUAAUGGUCAGCAGACUAAUAAUUAGUUCCCCUGUGGAUGACACUGUGUUGCUUCUCAUUGCCAAAUUUUUGAGGUGGUCUUAAAUACAGAGCAUAUUCUUGCUUUUAUUUAGGCAACUGGAUAUCUUAUAAACCCUACUAAACUCAGUCAAACUACUCGUGUCUGUACUCUGUUAUUGGAGAUAAUUUUAUCCUAUUGGCCUAAAAUUUCACCCUCAAUCCUAAGAACAGUUGAUGGAGUGAUGAUAGACAGCCCCAUCCUGAAUGACUGUGUGCAGGUGAUUAUAGGUGUCUAACAGUUAAAUGUAUAUGACUAAUUGCUGCAGGUUAAUGGUUGUUUUACUCUACUCAUUUUACUAUUACACAUUGAUAGCCCCUCUCUCUCCUGUAUUGCCAGAAUGACUGUCUAAAAGUAACUCCUUGCCUGAACAUUUGUGAAACACAACCGAAGCAUGUCUCUAAUCAAGCUCAGUUAUCGGGAUGAUUUGAGUCUGUCCUUUGUCAUUUGUAAAGCUGUCACUUACUGACACUGGCAUUUAGGGCAGCAAUGAAGGUCCUCCAUCACUGUCUGUGUGGAAGGAUCCUACAUUGCUGUUUGCCUAACAAUUGUUUUUUUGACAAGUCAAGGUUGUCAGUUCCGAGCUGCACCCCCCCCCCCCCCCGAAACUGGAGGACCAGUGGGCCACUCUUUGCCUAGCCUCUAUCGGUUGACCUGUUUGGCAUGGGUGACCCCACCAAGAGACAUAACACUCUGGGCCAUUGAGACGUGAAAGCCUCCAAACCCUGUGACAAGGUUGUGGUCCUCCUGGAGGCUGCUGCUGUGAAUUGGAAGAAGAAUCAAAAACCAUAGGAGAAGAGGUCAGUUUGAAGGGAAGUGGUGCAAAGAUGUAGGGUUGACCAAUUCUGGCAAUGCAAAGUAUGGCCUGGAGACAUUUGAGAGUAUAGAGCCAAGGCAGCAUAGGACAAGUGUGAAUCAAUGAGGUUUGGAACAAUCUUCAUUGGUGUUAUAUCUUGUGCCAGAUUCUAACUGCCAGCCGAUGAAUGCGAUGCAGGAUGGGACUCUUGGUGAGCAGUGUGCUUUAACAACAGUGUAUUUGCUCUUCAAAUAGUCUGCAUAAAUAGUGCUUUGUAGCAAAAGGUCUACAGAGUCUAGCUAAAUUGAAUUUCUCUACUACAAACAGAAAUAGAAAGCCGUAUAGCUACAGUUGAUUAAAUGCAGGAUGACCUCUCCAGCAAACACAAGGAAUGAAGGCAGAUUAUGUGAUACAAAGAAGGUGAGAAAAAGCAAACCCUGCCAUUUAUAGAUAAUGCAAUUGAUCUGGGAAUCGCAAUCAUUGCCCUGACCACGAGUAAUGGUUACUAUCUGUAGCCAUGCCGUAAUUACACAGUAAUGUUUGCCAGAGCUUUCAGUUAACAAAGAAAAUGUUGGAUUGCCUUCGUAAAAGUUGCAGGUUUGAGGUAACAUUAGCAAACGCAUUUCUGUGGUUGCACUGUUCGUUUUCUUUUGUAAAAUUUCUGACUUCUGAGCAUUCAGAUUUUUUUGAGAUUGAACUGUCCAAUUUUGAAUUUAUAUUUUAAUUUUUGCUUCAACUUUAAUUUUUGUAUUUAAUAAAUAUAUAUUUCUAGUCUAGGAACCUGCAUGCAGUGUGUGUUUUCUUUGCAAGCAUUUGAUACCUUGUUGAAGCUGUGUCUGGACUGCAUGCACUCUUGCUUCUGUAUUGAAGGUUAUGGGUUCAAGUCCUCCCUCCAUCAAUAUGCCGAUAAUAACCUCUGGAGAUGCCAUCUCUCAGCUGAGCGUUAAACCAGUGGGCUGUAUACCUUUCCAGAUAAUGCUAAUCAUUCUGUGGUCAUUCUUGUAUAUUUUUAAAAAAAAGAAUUGGCGAAUUCUCUCCAACAUACUGGCCAAUGUUAAUCUCUCAUCAAUAAUUUUAUCAACAGUUGACUUGGUUGAUGUACAUUGUAAGCUACCAUAUUACAGCUUUUCAGAAUUGACCUUUAUAAAAAAAAAUAAAGGCAGCUUUAGAUAUGUUCAAGUCAUGAAGGGUGCUUGAUAAUAAAAAUAGAAAAACAUCUGUAGUUUUUGUUUGACUUACACUUACAAGAUGCUUUUGAAAUAGUCUCCUGCAAUCCAGGAACAAACAGCUCCCAUAUAAAAAGGGGAAAUACUCAGAGGGUGAGGCAGCAUCUGUGAGAACAGAAGCAGAGUUAUUGUUACAGGUAAAAUAUCCUUUGUCAGGGUAUGUCUCAUCCUGCUCCCCUCCACUUGCUGUGUUCAUGGCACAUUUUAUCCCUGUAUAGCACUAAAUGAGUCCAAUAUAUCUGGACAUGGAACUGCAUCAGUCAGUAAGGUGACAGCACUGACUAAAAUUAAGCACUCGAGGAAGGUCAUCAAGUCUGGAUGUGAUGCUUACUAGAUUGCUGAGGAAUGUAAGGAAAUUAAGGGCAUAAGUUAUAGAGGGCUCUGCACACAAUCUUCUUCCUUACAUGGGGGUGGUGCGGAAAGGAUUUCCUGUGAUAGAUCGGGCUGUGUAAGAAACAAUGAUAUAUCCCCAUAAUUACAGGCUGGUCAACUUUGGUUCGGGAAAAACAUUGACACUUGUGUACUGCAAAAUUGGAAAUAUAUAGUUUAUUGUUGAAUAUAUAUAUUUUUUAUUAAAUUCAGAUUGAAUGUAAUUAUCUCUAUUCUUUGAUGUAGUGAUGAUUGUAAUGCAUUUGAUGAUGGUGGCACUUGAGGCAUUUGCUACAUAAUUGAUGCAAUAAAGCUGAUAGAAAAAGUAAUACUGACAGCAAAGCCUAUAAUUGGAAAAGUAUUACUAAAUGGUUUUCAGUUAAUAAAAAGUGGUAUUGGAA